AUGGUUACUGACAUCAAGUGUUCACCUCUAGAAGAGAUCUCACUGUUAACAACCAGCAUUCAUAAGGACUCUGAUGCCUACAGAUUAGUGAUGAGUGCUAGAACAUCAUGUGCAAGCAAUCCGCAACAGUGUCUACACACCAUUUGGAACCGGAUGGAUGAACGCUUUGGUUCAGCAGAGUUAGUAGAGGCUUCGCUUAAAGCUCGGCUCAUGGAUCUGCCUGAUUUUAUGGACCGUAAGAAACUUUAUGCACUGCAUGACUUGCUGACAGAAGUUGAAACUGUGAAAAACCUCAGCGAGUACAGCACCAUAUUUUCCUAUCUUGAUUCAUCACUUGGUGUUAAGCCCAUCAUUCAGAAACUAUCAAAGCAGAUUCAGGAGAAGUGGGUCACUCGCGCCACUAACUACAAGAAGCAACAUGCUGUACUCUUUCCACCAUUUGCCGAAUUUGUUAAGUUCAUAGAGGAGAUGAGCAUCAUACGGAAUGACCCGGGACUGAUGUAUGAAAUACCCAAAGAGACUAACCUUGUACAGAAAAGUGUAAAUAAGAAUAGACUUGUGUAUGUGACCACUCGCAAAACUGACAUCUCUGCAGGGAAUUCAAGAAACUCGUCACACCUGUGCCUAAUCCACAAAGGAUCAAAGCACACCAUCAAUGAGUGCAUAGCCUUUCGAUCCAGAAGCUUAGAAAACAGAAAGGCAAUUUUGCGCAAUCAUAACAUUUGUCUGAAAUGCUGUGAAACCUCUGAUCACUUUGCCGCAAGGUGUAAGUCAAAGAUUUAUUGUGAUAUUUGUGAAGAAAGUGAUUUUCAUUGCACUGCACUUCACCCAUUGGAGGAUUCACAGAGACCCAGACAACAACCAUCCAGGACAACCACUCCCAUACUAAAGCAUGGCGAGGAGUCAUCUGGCUCGAGUAGACUUUCUGUAAAUUCAAAGUGCACUGAGAUUUGUGGUAAACCAAGCUUUCAUGGGAGAUCAUGUGCAUGCAUCGUACCUGUUCAUAUCUACUCAGAAGGAAAACCAGGGAACUCCAUCACAGCUUACGCGUUGCUCGACGACCAAAGUAAUAAUACACUAGGAAGAAGUCUUCUUUUUGACUCCUUAGGAAUAACCACUUCACCAGUUGAGUACUCUAUGCAGUCCUGCUCAGGCAAGAAUGUCAGCUAUGGAAGGUUGGCCAGAGGUUUGAUUGUGAAAGGAAUCAAUGACAGUCAGAAUCUCGAACUGAAACUUCCUUCUGUGCUCGAAUGUGACAACAUUCCAGGGAAUCAUUCCGAGAUUCCAACUCCUGAGGUCGCACUUUGUUACCCUCAUAUGCGGGACAUUGCUAAACAUUUACAUGUUCUAGACUCUUCAGUGAAAAUACUACUACUCAUUGGAAGAGACCUUCCCGAGGCCCAUCACUCGAUAGACCAGAGGAUUGGACCACUAAAUACGCCUUUCGCCCAGCGAUCACGGCUUGGAUGGACCAUAAUUGGAGAUGUCUGUCUGUCAGGGCAACACAUUCCUUCAUCACGACAUAGUUCACACAAGACAUUUGUCAGUGAGAAUGGUAGGCCUACAGCCUUAGAACCUUGUGAUCAGACAGUCAACAUCCGCAACAAUUUUGUGAACACUUAUAAGACACAAGUGACCAAACUGAACAUUUUCGAGACCACGAGUGAUGACAACAAGCCAGGACUUUCUAUAGAGAAUCGAAAGUUCCUGAACAUUAUGGAUAAGGAAUUCCACAUGAACUCAGAAGGGAAAUGGACAGCACCUCUGCCAUUCCGAUCACCACGUGAACCAAUUCCAGACAAUUAUCAAAUGGCUCUUCGACGUGCCAAGUCUCUGGAUGCUUCCCUACAUCACAAUGAAGUGAAGAAAGAUCACUUUCUAGCAUUUAUGCAGAAGAUAUUAGACAAUGAACAUGCUGAAUUAGCUCCUUACCCACCCCAUGGUAAAGAACGUUGGUACCUCCCUCUGUUCGGAGUGUAUCAUCCGCGCAAACCUGAUCAGAUACGUGGAGUCUUUGAUGCAUCAGCAAAGUAUGAAGGAGUCUGCUUGAACGACCAGCUUCUACAAGGACCCGAUCUCAUUAAUGAUCUGCUGGGAAUCCUUAUUCGCUUCAGGAAACACGCAGUAGCCGUCGUCGCUGAUGUCCAACAGAUGUUCCACUCCUUUCUGGUAGAAGAAGAACAUCGUGAUUACCUCCGAUUUCUAUGGCACAAAGACAACAAGACGGAAAACCCGCUUGUAACUUACAGGAUGAGAGUACAUGUGUUCGGAAAUCGUCCUUCGCCUUCUCUAGCCAUGUAUGGACUUCAACGCAUAGGCGAACUCUCCGCAGAUACUCAUGGACCGCAGGUUAAAGAGUUUAUCAUCAAUGAUUUUUACGUUGACGAUGGUCUGAAGUCAUGUCCGACAGAACGAGAAACAAUCGACUUGAUAUGCAAAACGCAGGAUGCCAUGAGAGUGCACGGAAAUCUAAGAUUGCACAAGUUUGCAUCAAAUAGCCAAACAGUAAUGGAUUCUUUUGACUCACAAGACUUGGCGAAGAACCUAGUUGAGUUGGAUUUUGAAAAAGACUCACCUACCCAGCGUAGCCAAGGUCUCUUAUGGGACUUGAAGACAGAUACCUUCAGGUUCAGUAUAUCAGAUGAAAGCAAACCAUCUACUCGAAGAGGAAUUCUUUCCUCUGUUAACAGUCUAUAUGACCCAUUGGGAUUCAUAUCCCCAGUAACUGUCAGUGGGAAGAUCAUCUUGAGAAAAAUUGUAGCAUCCACCUUCGACUGGGAUGAGCUACUACCAACUCAGUUGGCUGAAGAGUGGGAGACAUGGACAUCAUCACUUCCUGUCUUGGAGAAAUUGCAGAUACCACGUGUCAUCGUACCUAACCUUAAUGAAGCUGUGUCCAAGGAACUUUUAGUUUACUGUGAUGCCUCAGAACUUGCCAUCGCAGCAGUCUAUUAUGUCAAAGCAACUUACCUUGAUGGCUCCUCUUCCAUAGGAUCUGUACUCGGCAAGGCAAAGGUUUCCCCACUGAGUGGCCAUACUAUACCGAGGUUGGAGCUAUGUGCAGCUGUCCUCGCGGUAGAAGUUGCACAAAUUGUAGUGGAACAUUUGGGAGUGAAAUUAGACACUAUAAACUAUUUCAGUGACAGUCGUGUAGUUUUAGGCUACAUCAACAAUGAGACCAAGCGUUUCUUCACAUAUGUUACUAAUCGGGUCGCACGGAUUCGAAGCUUCAGUAAACCAACACAGUGGAUCUACGUACGGAGUGAAGCAAAUCCUGCUGAUGUUGGCACAAGGGGAAUCCAACCAGGUGACAUGCAGAACAGUACUUGGAUCCUUGGACCCCGAACAGUAUGUUCCUCAGCAGAAGACCACGUAUCCGUUGAAGACACCACUUACCCUCUCAUAGAUCCUGAUGUAGAUAAAGAAGUUGGAAGUCAGCACGAAGGUCACCCUUGGACUCGACAAUGGCAGAUUCUCUAG